AUGAUUGUUGAGCUUACUUCCAUUUCGAGUAAGAGUGUUGUUGGGUGGAGAGAUUCGAAGGUCGGUUCCACCAGAAGACGACGGCGAAUUCCUCUUGACCAGCUAUCGAUUCGCUUUACCGGAAAAUUCAUGCUGACGCUGUUUCCAAGGCAAUCUCCUUCGAUUCCGGUGAAAAGCCCUGAAACGCCAUACCAACCCCUUCAGUCGACCUCGGAAUUGCAUCUCAGUCCCGAGUUCGCACAACUUCGCCCCUUUGAGAUGUGGAUCCUUAAGACGGUAAAGAAAUUCUCCUUAAACCACCGGGCAUGUCGCCCUCCCUUCAGACGACAACUUUGGCCACUUGGCAACAAAACCGAUCAGAUGACAACAAGUCUCUCGGGCUCGGUGAUGGCUGUGCGCAAUCAACAAGCAACAACUAUAAUUACCAGACUGGCCAAUUUGCUCGUCUCUUCAUCUACCCCAUAA